AUGGAAGUACAAGUGCCACCGUCACGGCCGUCAACGACGAUGGAUAUCGCCGCGGAAACGGAAAACCUGCUCCAGAGUCUACGACAGGACAACAAGAAGCAGCAGGAUGAAAUCCGAGCGAGGAAGGAGGCACUGCUUCUGAAACUUCGUGCGAAGACCGUUCCAACGUCAACGAAAGCGCUGGCCAUCCCCGCUCCUAAUGUAAAUUCUUUGUUGCCAUCGGCGGCUUCUGUUCAAAUUCCAGUUGCCCGUGCGACGUCGCAUCCUCUCUUGAACGGUAAGAAGCGUAUGCUGGGUGAAAUGAAGAAGGCAGCCCGGAUCCAAGGCGCCGACUCGAUGGCGAAGCUGUUUGGCUACAAAAAUUACGUUGAACAGAAGCAACAUCUUGAAAAAGAGGAAAAAUUGCGCAUUCAACUCUUGGAAAUGAAGAAGAAAGCUGAAGAAGUUGCCAAAGCUACCGUUCUUCACCAGAUUCCUGACGCCGACGACGAAGAGAGCGAUGAAGACUUCGUCCCUGAAAACGAGUCGUCAGCAGAUAACGAAAAUGACCUCAAUAUCAAGGUCACGAACACCGACAGCGACGAUGAUGAAAGGGAUGUCGUGGUGCUGGACGAAGACGAAUCGAGAGACCAACCUGUUCCCAGUUUAACAGGCAAUCCUGUUGUGAUACCAUCCAACUCUGACGCCACAGCGAACAACUCCGUGAAUGUCAUGGCAGCCGCAGGUCUUUUGUCUGAUGAGGACGAGCCUCAUCAUCACACGUCCGAUGAUGAAUCGCAAAGCGGUGACGAUGGUGCCGUUGAAGGCACGACUACAUCUCCUUCCUCGUUAGUGCCAGCUACUCGACCAGUCCCCCGGCGCCGCCGACUCCAGCGCCCCGUCACGAUUGGCAACUCAGACGAGGACGAAAACGACGCAGACAUGAGCGACGAUGAACAAGAGAACGACGACAACGAUGCUGCUGCGGAUGCCGCAACUGAGCAAGCGCGCAAGGACUCUCGCAACGCCGAUAAAGCGGCCAACUAUCGCGCGAUUCUGGCCGCCGACGAGGCCGCUGAAUCUGGACGCCGUCGGGACAAGCAAAGCGGUGGAUUGCUGAACUUGGUCGAGUCCGAAGCCGAAGAAGAAGAGGAAGAAGACGUGCUCAAAAUUGGCGGCCUAGGCGACUUUGGUUUCGGCGUGGCCGCGCCCAAGCCCGUGGAGAAGGAGCGUGAGACGGAGGCAGACUUAGCGCUGCGGGAAGACGACCUGGACAACAUCGUGGAUGAGUUGUCAGACGAUGAAAAGAACAAAGAUGCAGACGACUACUUCCGCGAGCGCAUGGAGGCCGAGGACAAACAGCAGGUCAGCGAAGUCAUGCGCAACGUGCGCGAGGGGUUUGGAAGGAACCGGCGCGUGUUUUCGUCCAGUUUGAACGGCGAAGCCCGCGGUCGAUUCAACUUGGACGAGUUGGUAGCUGCCGAUGGGAGCAAGAAGGAAGCUGCGCGACUUGGCUUGCUCGAGUCGGACGAGGAGAGGGACGACGAAGACGACGGCGACAAGAAGGCCGAGGAAGAUGAAGAAGACGAAGAGGAGCGCAUGGAGCGAGAGCUGCGCGAACGAUACCAGCGCCAGCCCAAGAUUUACAUCACAUCGUCCGAGAGUGAGUCAGAGUCGGAGAACGACCAAGACCAAGACGACAAGGAAGAGAUUCCGUCCGACGAAGAGCGCGAAGCGCGACAGAUGAAGCUGUUUUCUGCUAAAGCCAAGAUCAACCGUCGCAUGCAGCGCAUGAUGCAACUCAAAGCCAGCGAGCCCAAGGCAGCGCUGAAUGCCCUCGAUGAAAUCGACGACAAAGAGCUCGAGCAAGUGGUCCUUGCGCCGUCCACUGCUACAUCAGGUGGUGCACAUGCCAAAAACGUGCCGGCUAUGCCCAUCGCGCUGCAGAAACGGGUAUCCACGUCAUUCACGACAUCUUUCACUCGCAUGGUGGAUUCUCGCAAAUUGUUUCACGUGAGUGCGUCGAAAGCGUUUGUGUUUACAUCCGUGUCGACCGACCUGACCGACAGCAUCGACGACGCAUCCUCGUCGAUGACCACCUCGAUCAAACGAAGAGCCGUCGACUCAACCCACCAGACCAUGCCUCGCAAGAAGUUGACGUUGCACAAACGUCCGAGCUCUCUCUUCCACACGCUGUCGUCGUACCAGUGCAGCUAG